CACACACUCCAGCGUACAUUUACACACACUUACGUACACUACAUAUUCAUUUUUUUCUCUCUCAGUUCAACAAUGGCGAACUCAGGUGCCGGCCAGGGACUGAUCGUGAGCUUCGGCGAGAUGCUGAUCGACUUCGUCCCGACGGUCUCCGGCGUCUCGCUGGCGGACGCGCCGGGCUUCCUCAAGGCCCCCGGCGGCGCCCCCGCCAACGUCGCCAUCGCCAUCACCAGGCUCGGCGGGAAGGCUGCGUUCGUCGGAAAGCUCGGGGACGACGAGUUCGGCCAAAUGCUCGCCGGGAUCCUCAAGGAGAACAAGGUCUGCACCGAGGGCAUCAAUUUCGACAAGGGCGCGCGCACCGCCCUCGCGUUCGUCACCCUCCGCGACGACGGCGAGCGCGAGUUCAUGUUCUACCGGAAUCCCAGCGCUGACAUGCUCCUCAAGCCGGAGGAGUUGAAUCUCAAUCUCAUCAAAUCUGGCAAGAUUUUCCAUUAUGGAUCAAUCAGCUUGAUUGUGGAGCCAUGCAGAUCAGCCCACAUGAAGGCCAUGGAUGAGGCAAAGAAAGCUGGGGCCUUUCUCUCAUAUGAUCCCAACCUCCGCCUGCCACUGUGGCCGUCGGCCGAGUAUGCCAAGGAGCAGAUUUUGAGCAUCUGGAACAAGGCGGAUUUGAUCAAGGUCAGCGACAACGAGCUUGAGUUCCUCACUGGAAACAGCAAGAUUGAUGAUGAAUCUGCAAUGUCUUUGUGGCACCCCAACUUGAAGCUCCUUUUGGUCACACUUGGAGACAAGGGAUGCAAAUACUAUGCAAAGAACUUCAAAGGAUCUGUGCCUGGCUUUGGUGUCAAGGCAGUUGACACCACUGGCGCUGGUGAUUCUUUUGUCGGAUCCCUCCUCGUAAAGAUAGUUGAUGAUCUUUCUAUCAUUCAGGAUGAAGCGAAGCUGAGGGAAGUGUUGAAAUACGCAUGUGCUUGUGGCGCCAUUACCACAACCAAGAAGGGUGCGAUCCCAGCUCUCCCCAACCACUCUGAGGUGCUUGCAGUGCUCAAAACUGGACCAAAAUAGGCACCAGAAUGUCUGUCUGUUUAUUACAGUUUCAUUUUGGUUGUUUAUUAGAGUUUCGAAAUGGUGGUUUAACCAUAAACCAUAUUUUCUCUUUUUGCAAUUUUACUUUCUUUUCCUGAGUUUAGAUUUCGCACAUUGUAGUGAAUGCUGAGGCAAUUCCUAAACUGUGAGUAGUUAGUUAUAAAUAAAAUGUAGCAACCUAUAUAUUU